AUGUCCAUAAUUAUAAAAUCUAUAAAAGUUGUGGGUGAAAGAGAAGGUUUGGUAGAUUUUUAUGGGCAAGCCAUAGUACAAACUUCUAACGAAGAGACAAUAGUGACAGUAGAAUACACUACUAAACCUUGGAUUACCGAUAAUAGUGUAAUAACUGCUAAACGAUUACAAACCCUCUCUAAUGAACAAGUCUUAUAUUAUUUUGAAUUUUCAACCGUCAAAAUGUCUAACGUACCUUUACACCUGAAAUUCCGUGCACAAUGUAAUAUUGCAAAUUCUAGCUUUGGGUCUAAUUAUGGUUAUGAAUAUAUAUACAAUGAGGGUAUUCCUAAAGAAAUUAUUUUCCAUGAUAUUGCUAAUGAAUGUGAAAAAUGUAGACAGUAUGAAGAAAAACUUAGAUCCACAAUACAAGAAGAAUUAAACAAGGAAUGUACUAUAUGCACGGAAGACAUUGAGACAAAAGCCUUUUGGAAGAUUACAAACAAGUGUAGUCACGAAAUUUCAAAAUUUCGUGCCCGGCGCCCGGAUGCAACGAAAUAUUAA